AUGUCAGACGAAUGUCCGAUCUGCAUGGAAAACUUGAGCGAUUCGAUGGCUGUUGGGCUGCUAGCCUGCUGUUCCAACUCACGUUUCUGUGCCGACUGCAUCGUCAAGUGGGGGAAGGAAAGGGACAACCGCUGCCCCAUGUGCCGCGGCGAUUUCUUCGAGGUCGUGUGCAUGAAGGGGACGAGCUGCUGGACAGUGAAGAUCUCGAGGAGAAAGGAGCGGAAGGAGCUCUCCGAGGACAGCGAGGAGGAUGCCGUGAACAACUCGAGCUGCUGCCUGUGCGAGCGGAUGAUCUACGACUGUAGAGGAGGGAUGCUGGUGGAGUGUGAUGAGUGUCAACGGGACUUCUGCCUCGAUUGCCUGGGCCUCGAAGACAGCACGAGCCUCCCGGAAGGAGAUUGGUUCUGCGGCUCCUGUGAGAGGGAAGGAACGAGGAGGAGGGGGGCAGACAGGAGGGCUGAAGGAGGGCAGCUUGACGCGAACGACGCUGCGGAGGAGGAGAACAACGCUGAAAUCAGUCAGGCUACCUUAAUAGGCGAGAGCAAGAACCGAGAGGAGAAGGGAGGAGCAGCAGCAGGAGCCCUCAAGGAUGAGUCAGAACCCGAGCGUGUCGGUCGGAGCACGCAGUCAGGCCUGUCUCAGUAG